CCGGGUGAAGGUAUAUAAGCCCGCGGGAGCGGCUGAGAGGUUCACUGCAGUGAGCUGAUUCAACCUGAGCAAAUCCACUCUUACCUUCAGAGAUAGCCCUGAGCUAACAACAAAUCAAAAUGGCACUAGCAGCAUCCCUGAACCAGGCUGACAUCACUGCAGCCCUCGCAGCCUGCCAAGCUGCCGACUCUUUCAAGUACAAGGAAUUCUUCUCCAAGAUCGGCCUGGCUGCAAAGAGCGCUGAUGACAUCAAGAACGCUUUCAAAGUCAUCGACCAGGACAAGAGUGGCUUCAUUGAGGAGGAAGAGCUGAAGCUGUUCCUGCAGAACUUCUCUGCCUCUGCCAGAGCUCUGACCGUAGCCGAGACCAAGGCCUUCCUCGCAGCCGGCGACGCUGAUGGUGACGGCAUGAUCGGCAUGGACGAGUUCGCCGCCAUGGUCAAGGGUUAAAUGAAGAUCUGACCAACAUCUAACUUCACUGCUCUAAAGGAACAACUUGAGCCAAGACAUACUCCUCCACUCUCCUCCUCCUCCUCCUCCUCCUCCUCCUCUCACUCUCUCUCUUUUCACCAGUUUUAUACAUUUGACCUCUCCCCCACCGGACCGUAACCCCCUCCCCCCCUCCCCCUACCCUUCCACCUCUCUCUCUCUCCCCCUCUGGCUAUGUCCACGAUGAAUGUACCUGGUUGACUUGUCUCUCUCUCUCUCUCUCUCUCUCUCUCAUUCACUUCUGUUCUUGUUUCACUAUGUGAGAUUUGCUUACUGUGAGAUCAGUGAUGAUGCACUUUUAUGGGAAACGGACAGACGAUGAGAAAACAAUAAAGGUUCUUUUUCAAUAAG